AUGUUUGAAGUUAUUCAACCAAUGACGUUACUCAACUAUCAUAAACUCCUAACUACGAGUUUCCGUGGUUACAGUGUCAAGAAACUGCUUCCGAAGUACGAUAUAAUAAUUGUCGGUGGUGGGAUGGUUGGAUUUGGUUUGGCUGCCGUUGCGGCGGCUUCCAAAUUUCUCGGUAAGAAAAGCAUUUUAUUGCUGGAAAGUUCUGGUAAAAAAAGUAUCAACGUAGAGAAGAAUAUGAAAAUCGUGUUGUUGCUCUUAACGGCCUUUCCGUAA